UGAUCAAGGAAUGCGUAUGCUUUUAACUGUGCAUAAUUUCUUUGAGUAGAGCACAAACAUAAAUAAGGAAUUUGAGGUUGCCACAUUACUUGAUAAUGGAGAUUGAUACAUCUUUAAAAUUGAUAGUUCAUUGACUCAAGUCGAGAAAAACAAAAACAGAUCUCCAUGUCUAUUAUCAAACAUCAGUUCAUCUAUCUCAUGCCUCCGGAGAGAUGCUAUGGCUCAUUCAGCCGAGUUAAUUUGGAAGGAACAAAUACUGGGGCUGCAAUGUUCGCCCGCCGUGGCACUACUGCUGAGUCCCAAGAUUGUUGCCGCAUCAAAAUUUAUGUAAACAACAAUGUUCAGGGAGUGAACAAUUCGGUAUUGCUUGGAAGUGAGGUAAAAAUGAGAGAUCCUGGAGUUUGCUUGUAUUUUGGAGAUAUCAAGUUUGGUAGGAAUCCAAAACACAAUUGCUUCUAUAGUUCUAUGAACAAAAAGAUUACAAACCAAUCUAGUCUAUUGUGUUGUAAGCUGUUUAUUUCUGAAUCGCGUAACCUCUCAGCUCUUGACUCGAUAGAAAAAUCCGCCAGGCGUGAUACAGAAACAGUGAUUGUGAACAAAUUUGAGGAUCGAGCAUACAACAGGGUCUUUUACACUCUUGUAUCUUACGUUGUUCAUGAUAGCAUAGGUACUGCCAUUUACAGCCCAUUACAUCAGUGUGUGUUAGCCAUGGUUGAGGCUGCUUAUGCAGCCAUAAACCUGGAGUUGCACUCUGGUGCCCACCCUCGACUUGGUGUUGUUGAUGACAUUGUUUUCCAUCCACUCGCUCGGGCAUCUUUGGAUGAAGCUGCUUGGCUUGCCAAAGCAGUUGCAGCAGAUAUUGGCAUUAGAUUUCAAGUGCCUGUGUUCUUGUAUGGUGCAGCACACCCAACAGGCAAGGCCCCAGACACCAUCAGGCGACAGCUUAAUUACUAUAGGCCCAACUUCAUGGGCAACCAAUGGGCAGGUUGGACAACGGCUGAAACUCUCCCUGUAAGGCCCGAUGAGGGUCCCAACCAGGUGUCUCGGGCCAGAGGUAUAGUGCUGAUUGGAGCUCGUCCAUGGGCUGCAACUUACAAUGUACCCAUUAUGUCCACGGACAUCUCCUCUGCUCGUCGGAUAGCCCGAAUGGUGAGUGCCCGCGGAGGUGGGCUGCCAACGGUCCAAGCGCUGGGCUUGGCUCAUGGUGAGGAUUCCACCGAGAUAGCUUGCAUACUCUUGGAGCCCAAUCAGGUUGGAGCUGAUAGGGUCCAAAGCCGGGUUGAGAUGCUCGCAGCUGAAGAAGGUUUGGAUGUAAAGAAGGGCUAUUUUACUGAUUUUUCCCCAGAAACGAUUGUUGAAAAAUACCUGAAUUUGAUAUCUGCUAACAGAGACUAAUCAAACAAGUGUUUGAAAAUUUGAUCAUAACUAGAUGGCACGUCCGCUCGUU